ACUUGGAAACAAUCAUGAGGUUCAAACUACAUAUCGUUUAAAAUGAAAUUUAAACCAUUUAAUAUGUUGUUGACAACAAUUAAACAAAAGAUUAACCCAACAAAUUAAAGAAAAAGACGUGGAAGGCAUUAAACUAUCCUCGAGUGUGAGCUUCACCACAUAAGCAUAAAAAAAGAGCAUCUCCUUAGAUUUGCUUCCUUCUCUCCUCCAGAUUCCUCUCGAGCGUAAACCCUAGCUUCCAUCUCCAAAAUGUUCAGAUCCGUCAUCGUCCGUUCCUCUUCAUCGGCGAAGCAAUCGCUUCUCCGCCGCAGCUUCUCCUCCUCCGUCCCCGAGCGCAAAGUCGCCAUCCUCGGCGCCGCCGGUGGAAUCGGGCAGCCUCUGGCUCUCCUCAUGAAGCUCAACCCCCUCGUCUCUAGCCUCUCUCUAUUCGAUAUCGCAAACACCCCUGGAGUCGCCGCUGAUGUCGGUCACAUCAACACCAGAUCUGAGGUGGUUGGAUACAUGGGAGAUGAUGAAUUGGCAAAAGCUCUUGAAGGAGCUGACCUCGUUAUCAUCCCUGCUGGUGUCCCCAGGAAGCCUGGUAUGACCCGUGAUGAUCUUUUCAACAUCAACGCUGGUAUUGUCAAGAACCUUUGCUCUGCCAUCGCCAAGUACUGCCCUCAUGCACUUGUUAACAUGAUCAGCAACCCAGUGAACUCCACUGUUCCAAUUGCAGCUGAGAUAUUCAAGAAGGCUGGUAUGUACGAUGAGAAGAAGUUGUUUGGUGUCACCACUCUUGACGUUGUUAGGGCCAAGACUUUCUACGCUGGAAAGGCUAAUGUCCCUGUUGCUGAAGUUAAUGUUCCGGUGAUUGGUGGUCAUGCUGGGGUUACAAUUCUCCCACUCUUCUCUCAGGCCACUCCUCAGGCCAACUUGUCUAAUGAUGUACUCACCGCUCUCACCAAGCGUACCCAAGAUGGAGGUACCGAAGUCGUGGAGGCUAAAGCAGGAAAAGGUUCAGCUACAUUGUCAAUGGCCUAUGCUGGAGCUCUAUUCGCUGAUGCAUGCUUGAAAGGACUCAACGGAGUUCCAGACGUUGUGGAAUGCUCAUACGUGCAGUCCACCAUCACUGAGCUUCCUUUCUUUGCCUCAAAGGUGAGGUUGGGGAAGAACGGUGUGGAGGAGGUUCUUGAUUUGGGGCCACUCUCAGACUUUGAGAAACAAGGGUUGGAAGCACUGAAGCCAGAACUCAAGUCUUCCAUCGAGAAGGGUGUUAAGUUUGCCAACCAAUGAGUUAAAUCGAUUUGAGUCGGGUUAUUUUUCCAAUUUUCCGGUUAUAUUCUCGCCCUUCAUUGGGUUGCAUCAAUAAAAUUCAUGUGUUGAGGCUUUUUGGGUUCUUUCCCAAAACACAUAGAUGAAAACUGUAACAUGUUAGCAUGUAAGGUUUCUUUCUUUUGUAACAAUGAUUAUUUCUGUCAUAAUCAGUUCAAAAGUCUGCUUGAUUCUUCUUA